AUGUCGCCUCAAGUCUGGCUCAUCACUGGUACUUCUUCCGGCUUUGGUGCGGAACUCGUCAAAGAAGUCAUCGCGCGUGGUGACAAAGUCAUUGCAACUGCACGAAAUGUGAAGCGAAUUUCUCAUAUGAGAGAUAUCGGUGCCGCAAUCUUACAACUCGAUGUCACCGCAUCUCAGGAUGAGCUCAACCGCAAGGCUGAAGAAGCAAUCUCAAUUUAUGGAAGGAUUGACAUAUUGGUGAAUAAUGCUGGAUAUACCCAGUUUGGCAUAGUAGAAGAGACUAGCCAUGAUCAGUGGUUCAGUCAGUUCAAUACGAAUGUCUUCGGGACUCUGAACACCACUCGUGCCUUUCUACCACAUAUGAGGAGUAACAAGGCUGGAAUAGUGGUAUUCAUUGGUUCGAUGGCUGCUUGGGACGGCUUACCAGCUGGCGGAGCCUACUGUGCCUCGAAAGCUGCGAUCCACUACGCCGCAGAAUCUCUCUCUAAAGAGCUCGAGCCAAUUGGGAUCAGAACGCUCCUCGUUGAACCCGGGGUAUUUCGCACUGAGCUUCUCAACCAGCCCUCAAGCAGCAGGGCUAUAUCCAAGGUUGGUGAUUACAGAGCCAUUUCGGAGGCUGUGGCCAAGAAGUUCGACGAUUUCAACGGAAAUCAACCUGGUGAUACUGUGAAGGGAGUUCAACGCAUUGUUGACGUUGUGAAGGGAGAGAGCGAUGCGUGUGGCAAGCCGUGGCCCAGUUCACUUCCAUUGGGGUCCGAUGCAGUGUCUCUUAUUCGCAAGAAGUGCGAGAACACACUUCGGGACUUGGAAGCUUGGGAGGACUUUGCUAAGUCAACGGAUAUUUAA